AUGUCGGCCCCGCCUCCUGUGAAAGGAAAAAAAGUGAUCGUCAUAAUCGGCGCCGGUCUUUCCUCCGUCGCGUUGGUGAAAGCUUUACGCCGAGGCGACUCGACGAUUUCCAAAAUCAUCAUUCUCGAAGCGAAAGAUGACAUCGGUGGGACCUGGAAUCCUAAACAGUGUUACCAUAAUCUCCAAACGCACGGUGUCAGAGCUGGAUUUUCGUUACUUCCCUGGGAUCGAUUCGAUUCGCCGUACGAUCACGCGCACCAUAAAGAUGUCCACGGCGCGAUGAAAAAUUUGUUCCGGAAAGAGAACGUCGUCGUCGUCGAGGGUGCGCAACACCAAAAUUUUGGUCAAAAUUCCAACGGCAACGAAGAAGAAAAAGAAGAAGAAAAAAGCAACGCGGAGAAAAAUAUGACCACGGAAAAAAGAGUCGAAGUUACGGUGUAUCUUUCCACGCGCGUGAAGUCUAUGGAGAUGGUUCAAACGACCUCUUCGUCCUCCUCGCGAGUGAAACUCAACGUGCUCUGCACUAAAUUUUCGGAGGCGGACAAAGACGAAGAAGAGCGAGCGCUCUUUGCAGAUUUUGUGAUAUACACCGGAACGACGCAUCAACCGAAAGUGCCUGAAUUUGCUCAAGGUAAGAAUAAAUACACAGGUGAGAUUCUUGCAGCAGCUGAUGUUUCAUCGAACAAAUUCGAUGAAAUUCUGGAGCGAAAGCAUAAAGUUGUCGUACUCGGCGGUUCUAAAGCCGCCAUGGAUACGGUUUGGAAUUUUAAUCAGCGAGGCUACACGUCUUUUGUGUGGUUGUUUAGAAAGACGUAUUGGGGAACGAACUUUUCUUACUUUCAGAGUUCUUUCAUCAACAAAUCGUCUCUAUUCGCGCGAUGGCGAAAAGUUCUUCAAUAUGUGUUCAUGAAAGUUCGAUUGGAUUUUGAUAUGUCGCGAUCGAGUUGGCUCUCUCGAGUCGGUUUGUUUAUUCUCGCAAAAGUUGGUUAUCUUUUGAAUCCUUUCGAUGCGACUACGUAUGAUCUCGGUAACUUUCACGGCGCAAUCAUUGAACCAGAGCGAAUGCAGCCGUACCGGAAAUCUUCUCAUUUGCGCGGAGAGAUUGGUUAUCUAGAAGGGAAAAAGCUUUACACCACGAAAGGAUUAGGGGUUGACGCAGAUGUCAUCAUCUGCUGCACUGGAUACGACAAUCCUAAAGCUCCUAUUUUAUUCCCAAAUGGCACGAAGUUUUUUGCACACGAGGAAUCCGGAGAUAAGUUUUGGAAAGGCAUGGUGACACCAGCAAUUCCUCACGUUCUUUUCAUGAACACUUUCUCCUUGGGGAAUAUUUUACAUGACGCGACGACGGUUGGUCAUUGGCUUCGCUCGUGCUAUUUUCCGCAACUCUUUGACAAGCCGAUCGAGUCGACAAAAUCUAUAAUUCAGAAAGGAUUAGACGCGCAAAACGAGGAGAUGAAGAACACAAAGUGUCGUUCGUAUAAUUUAUGGAAUUCUUUCGACCGACCGGUUCAAUACAUGUAUUAUUGCGGAAGAACAUUUGAGAAGGAAAUUUACGAGGCAGAUUUAUUAUCCUGUUCGGGAAAAAGUGGGGGAAUUUCCAUUUCUUCGCCUAUACGAAGAUGGAUGUAUAGCUGGAGUUGCGCCAGCUUUCUCUUGGCGGAUGACACGAAUGUAAAUUAG